CUGAUCAAAAAACAGUGGACACUGAAUGUACAAAAAAAUUAAUAAUAUGAAAUCCAGACUCAAGAAAAAGACUGACAUAAACAGGACUGGAAAUAAAAUUGUGCUGCAGGAUUGGGAAAAGAUUUUGUUGGAAAUCAUGGAAGGCAACACAAAUUCAGUACUUGCAAAAGUUCCAAGAGCAUUAUCUGUCGGCAUACAAGAAACAGAGACGAAGAUCAGCCUUGAAGAUUCAAUCCCUAGGCAAUCAACUUCUGCUUCUGAAACGAGUGCAGAAAAUGAUGAUGCAAUUAGUACAGUACAACAGGAACCUAAAAAAAGAAACACAAUAAAGUUAGUCCUCUUGAAGAAUAUGAAACAAACAUUACUAAACAACUCUCGAAUAAAGAACUACAAACACUAGUUUUCCUGAAACACCUGAGAGUUUUAGAAAUGAAAGAGGAAAACUCAAAAGACAGCUAAACAGAGAUGUUGAUGAACAAUCUAAUUCACGCAAUGAUAAUAUCAUUCACGCUGAC